AUGUUCUUAGUAACAGUUCGCCCUCUUCCCCUUCCUUGUCUCUCUAUUUUUAUCACCUUAACCCUUACAUCUGAGAGUCUGCGAGCUCUAGACCCUAUUCAUAUUCGAAGCAUUAUAAUUACGACUGAGAAUAGUUUUUUCAUUUCUCUCUUUCUUUCUUUCUUUCUUUCUUUCUUUCUUUCUUCUAACAUUACUUCUAUUACUUUCCUUUUUCUCAUAGUUCUUUUCUCUUUACAUGAUUUAUUCAUCGAUUUCUCUUUCCGUGUUCUUCUUUCUCUUCGAAGUAAAAAAUAUCUCUUUCUUAUUUUCUUCCUUCUACUAAUAAUUCUUUCUUUCUUUCUUCUUCAUUUGUUUCCCUCUACUUUUCUUUCUUUCUUUCUUUCUUUCUUUCUUUCUUUCUUUCUCUAUCAUUCUUUCUUUCUUUCUCUUCCUUUCUCUAUCAUUCUUUCUUUCUUUCUUUCUUUCUUUCUUUUCCUUUCUCUAUCAUUCUUUCUUUCUUUCUCUUCCUUUCUCUAUCAUUCUUUCUUUCUUUCUCUUCCUUUCUCUAUCAUUCUUUCUUUCUUUCUCUAUCAUUCUUUCUUUCUUUCUCUUCCUUUCUCUAUCAUUCUUUCUUUCUUUCUUUCUUUCUUUCUUUCUUAUUCCCUUUUUACUGACUCCAUUUUCGUUAUAUUAAUCUUCUUCUUCUUCUUCUUCUUCUUCUUCUUCUUCUUCUCACCCAUUUUUUAUUUAGUCUUUAUCUUGUUCCUGUCUGUUUUCAACACCUUCAUCUUCUCCCAAAUAUUCAGCUCAUUUACUCCUUCUCAGUCUUUGUUCUCUCCUUUCUCUCUUACUUGUUUCAUUUACUCAGCUACAAUUUCACGUGGCUCUUUUGGCGAGGGCGACUACUUCCUGUUUCUCUCUUCCGUCAUCGACUAA